AUGGCUAAUGAUAGAAGAAAAAUACCAGGUUGUUAUUGCCUUAAACAAGAAUUGUAUUGGCAGCAACGAAAGAAAGAUCAAUGCAAAAGGAAAAGACAAACAUUCGUAUAUAAACCGGAGGAGGAAAUGUGGCAUGAACCAUAUUUAAGAGACUUACGAAAUGAGUUUUCAGCUAUAUCUAUUCCCUGUGAUUCAAAGAUCGAAAUGCCAUGGAAGGAUAUUGUGUUACCAGCAGCCGGCAUGAAAAUUCGUCAAGAAGUUUCACUUACUCCACUGAGUGAUCGUAAUGGACAAAUGGAUGAUAAAGACGGUGGAAAAGAACCAGCAGAAAAGGAAUCUAUGGGAACUAUGAGUCUACCAUGGAAAGAUUUAAUCAUUACUGAAACGGUUCCAUCAAAACAGGAUCAUCCUGACAGUUGUGAUUCUACGUUGGAAAUUCCGUGGAAUGAUCUUGUACUCGAAAAACCAAUAGAUAUACAACCAGUGCAGGAAGAGGCUUGUGUUACUGACGAUGUUGAGAUUCCAUGGAAUGACAUUUUAGUACCACGAAAUAUUGUGAUUGAAUCACAAAAAAAGAAGCAUCCUUCCUCAAAGUAUCCACCUCGUUCGAUAGCAAAAAAUGAUUUUAAAUAUUGUGUUAAUGUUGCACGCAGAACUCACUAUACAACUUGUAAAUAA